AUGAGCAUGGAGCGUGACUUCCAUAUGGUGGAAGGAGAUGGAGAAACCAGCUACACCACUAACUCCAGACUUCAACAAAAAGCUUUGUUCGAGACUAAAUCAGUGCUCGAGGAGGCUGUGAGACAAGUUUGCUCUGCUCUCCUCCCUCCAAAUCUGGUGGUUUGUGACCUAGGCUGCGGUCCGGGUGACAACACACUCAUCUUCCUCUCGGAGGUGAUCAAAGCCAGUAGCAGCCAUAAUGUGCCGGAGAUCCAAUUCUUCCUCAAUGAUCUGCCGGGCAACGACUUCAGCCAUGUGUUCCGAUCAGCUGAACGGUUCAAGAGCUCAGUUACAGCAUGUCACAAGGGAGAAAGACGGCUUCCAUUCCAUAUUGCUGGGCUAUCCAGGUCCUACUACACUAGGCUUUUCCCUUCCCAAAGCGUUCAUCUCUUUCACUCAUCCUAUAGCCUCCAUUGGCGUUCUCAGCUUCCUGAUGGGUUAGACGGCAACAAGAGAAACAUUUACAUUGCAAAGGCCACACCACUGUCUGUGGUGAAACUGUACCAAGAGCAAUUUCAGAAGGACUUGAUCUUAUUCCUUGAGCUGCGGUAUGAUGAACUAGUGGUUGGCGGGCAAAUGGUUCUGACUUUUCUUGGGAGGAAGGAAGAGGAUCUAUACAGUGGCAAUAUGAACUAUCUUUGCGAACUACUCGCACAAUCUCUUCAGUCUCUUGUUGAGAAGGACCUCGUGGAGGAAGAUAAACUGAACUCCUUCAAUCUACCAAUCUUUGGGGCGUCCAUUGAUGAAGUGAAGGCAGCUAUCAAGCAGACUGGGCUGUUUGACAUCAAUGAAAUUAAACUAUUUGAAUCAAACUGGGAUCCUUAUGACGACUCCGAAGAUGACAAUGUGCAAGAUAACAUCCAGAGUGGGGUGAAUGUCGCAAAGUGCAUAAGGGCUGUGAUGGAAACUCUUUUUGUAAGCCACUUCGGUGAAUCCAUUCUUGAUGCCCUCUUCAAAGAAUAUGCAAGCAAGGUAGCAGAGUAUCUGGAAAGGGACAAGGCCAAGUACUCAGUCAUGGUCCUGUCCUUGCAAAGAAGAUAG